AUGCACAUCCCUGAAAGCCUCCAGGACCUGGCCAACAGCGAAGUCGUGCAGUUUCUGAAGAGGCCCAGGACCAUUGCACGGAUCUUCGCGGGGGUCUUCUCCCUCAUCAUCUUCUCCUCCCUGCUGACCGAUGGCUACCAGAACACGACGGAGUCUCCACAGCUCCACUGCGUCCUCAACAGCAACAGCGUGGCCUGCAGCUUCGCCGUGGGCGCCGGCUUCCUGGCCCUCCUCAACUGCCUGGCCUUCCUCAUCCUGGACGCCCACGGGAGACGCAUCAUGGAUACCCGCUUCAAGAUGGCCUUUCAGCUCCUGGACUUAAUCCUGGCCGCCUUCUGGGCACUCCUCUGGUUCGUGGGUUUCUGCUUCCUGGCCAACCAGUGGCAGCGCUCGAAGCCCAAACACUUCCUCCUGGGGAGCAGCAGCGCCAAGGCGGCAGUGGCCUUCGCUUUCUUCUCCAUCCCUGUCUGGAUAUUCCAGGCCUAUUUGGCAUUCCAGGACAUUCGAAAUGAUGCUCCAGUCCCCUACAAGCGCUCCCUGGAUGAGGGUGGUGUGGUGCUGACUACCCUCUCCCCGCCCUCGGCAGCCAGUCCUAUCAACAUGCCCACCACAUGCCCCCACAACCUGAGUUACGCCAGCUCUGCCCUGUCCCCCUAUCUGACCCCUCCGAAGGCCCCCCGCCUCGCUAUGAUGCCCGACAGCUAAACAUCCUUAUCCACAUCAGUAAAGAGAGAAUCCUCCCUCCAGGAGGUUCU